CGCCCAACUUGCUCGCAUGUCGUCCAACAACCCCGUCGUGCAGGAGUCGGUCGUUCCCCCGCGGAGUAACACCACGUCACGCUCGGCCUCCGAUACCGCUUUCAACGAUAGGAUCAAGAACCCCGAGAUCCAAAUCCAGUAUCGUACCCUCUCUAUUCAUGCAGACUCCAUUGAAAAGGAGGCACGUGAUCCCAAGAAGGCCGCGAACGCCACGGACCCAGCCUCCGCCAUUCGCCAGAUAGACGUACACCGUCUAGCUAUCGAGGAAGUCUACACCCGCUUCUCGACGUCCCCUAUCGUCGGUCUUGAAGCCACUGCCGUCGAACGCCGUGUCAAGGAUGGUAAGAACGUCAUCUCAAAGCCCCCGACCCAGUACUGGAAGAAGGCUCUCAAUUAUGUCUUCGGCGGGUUCAACUUCCUCAUGUGGAUUGCGUUCAUCGUCACGGUCUUGUCCUAUAAGCCGCUCGGUGAUCCUGAUCCUGCGGUAUUCAAUCUCGGCGUAGCAGUUCUUCUCCUGCUGGUGAUCAUCGUCUCCGCGACAUUCUACGCACUCGUCGAUUGGCAUGCGUCGCGCAUCAUGAACUCCAUCAAGAGCCUCGUCGCCGAGGAUGCUUCCGUCAUUCGUGACGGGAAACACCAGACCGUACCUGCCAGAGACCUCGUCGUCGGUGACGUCGUCACGCUCUCCAUGGGCGACCGUGUCCCUGCUGACCUCCGUCUUGUAACGGUCUCGAGCGACGUCCGGUUUGACCGCUCCCUUCUCACUGGCGAGAGCGAUAUGAUCCCUGGAACGCUCGACCUCACCUCCGAUAACGCACUCGAGACGCGCAAUGUUGCCCUUGCGUCCACGUUCGUCGUGCAGGGAAGCUGCACGGGUGUCGUCUUCGCUAUCGGCGACAAAUCCGUCAUGGGACGCAUUGUCGCCAUGUCUGGCAAGACGAAAUUCAAGCUCACGACAGUCCAAAAGGAGGUCUGGUUCUUCACGAAGAUCAUCUCGACGCUGGCACUUGGGCUCUUCGCGCUGGCGCUCAUCAUCUGGGCAGCAUGGCUGCGGAGGAGCUUCCCAGGUUUCGAGACCGCGAGCGUGGCGAUUGUCAACUCUAUUGGGUGCCUGACGGCGUUUGUCCCCCAAGGAUUACCUGUCUGUGUUGCACUCUCACUAACCAUCGUGGCAAAGCGUAUGGCCAAGCGGAAUGUCCUCGUCAAGAACCUCGCAACCAUUGAGACCUUGGGUUGUAUGUCUGUGCUUUGCUCCGAUAAGACCGGUACCCUGACUGUCGGCAAGAUGUCUGUGCAGAACAUCGCCUUCCUCGACGCCGAGUUCUCGGUCGACGAGAUCAAGGACAGAUUCUCAGCAGAAGAAGGCUUCGGUGCGCCUCUUGCCCUCAGAGCUCUUCACAUGGUCGCGCGGCUCUGCAAUGGCGCCAAGUUCGACUCUGCCUCCGCCCAGCUCCCCCUCGACGAGAGGCAGAUCAAAGGUGACGCGACCGACAGCGCUAUCCUCCGCUUCUCUGAGGGUCUCUCCGUGCCCUCCAUCGGAGUCUCUACUCCUUCGCUGCUGGAGUCGUACGAGAAGAUCUUCGAGAUUCCCUUCAACUCGCGCAACAAGUGGAUGCUCACCGUCGUCCAGCCGUCUGCCGAGCCCGCCGCCAGAUCGGACUCCGAGGCUGAUAAGUGGAUGCUUGUUAAGGGCGGCCCGGACGUCCUCUUCCCGAAGUGCAACAACAUCAUGAAGGCUGACGGCUCCGUCCUGCCACUCGACUCGAACCGCAGGUCUCAGCUUCAACUCUUGCAGGAACGCUGGAGCAGCCAGGGACAGCGCGUUCUUGCGUUGUGCCGCCGGACCCUCGGAGGCGUGGCGAUGGAUGCGACGUUGUCGCCGAACGAUAUGGAGCAGCUCAUGUAUAGGAACUUGGGCGAUCUGACCUUGGUGGGCCUCGUGGGUAUCCGGGACCCUCCUAGGUCGGAUGUUGCGGGUGCCAUAAAGAUUAUCAGGAGGGCUGGAGUCCGGGUCUUCAUGGUCACGGGUGACUUCAAGCUGACUGCCCUGGCCAUCGCUCGUCAGGUUGGCAUUGUCACUGAAGAGAAGGUCGACGAUCUCAAGGCCAUGCGUACAUCUCCUAUGGCGAGACGCUAUGCUGGACUUGACCCACCAGUCAUCAAACCUGCAGAGAACGACGGAGACCGCGCCCUUGUCCUCACUGGCGAUGACAUCGAGUCGCUUGAGGCCGCGGACUGGGACAUGAUUGUCGGCGGCUAUACUGAGAUCGUCUUCGCGCGCACGACUCCUGAACAAAAGCUGAGGAUUGUCGAGCAGACUAAGGCCAGGGGAGACAACACGGUCGCAGUCACCGGCGAUGGAGUGAACGAUGCCCCCGCAUUGAAGGCGAGCGACAUUGGCGUGGCCAUGGGUGCCGGAAGCGAUGUCGCUAAAGAAGCUGCCGCUAUGAUAUUGCUGAACAAUGAUCUGACUUCGAUCGUUGUUGCCAUUGAGAUGGGUCGUCUCGUCUUUGACAACCUCAAGAAAGUCAUCCUUUACCUGAUGCCGGCGGGAACAUAUACCGAAUUUCUGGCAGUCUUCUGCAAUGUUUUCCUUGGCAUGCAGCUCGCGCUCAGUUCUUACCUGCAAGUCUGCUUCUCCAUCACGAAUGACGUUGUCAUGUCCAUCUCGCUGAUGUAUGAGAAGCCCGAGUCUGACCUCAUGCUCCGCAAGCCGCGCAAUGCACGCACCGAUAGGCUCACCGAUUGGCGAUUCUUUGUCCAAAUCUAUCUGUUCAUUGGUCUCAUGAUGUGGCCGUGCGCCAUGAGCAUGUGGUUCCUCUGGAUGAGCAAGCAAGGACUAGGCUUCUACGACGUCAUCCUCGUCUACAACAAGUGGACUGACGGCUACAAAGGAUUCAGCACCGACCAGCUUAACGAGUUCGUCAGUGUUGGCCAGUGCAUUUACUACAUCACCAUGGUAUUCAUGCAAUACGGAGGCCUCCUGGCCGUGCGCAACAGGCGGGUCUCGAUCCUGCAGUCGAACCCUCUCUGGGGCCCUCGCAGGAACUUGGCAGUACCCCUGGGCAUGACUGGCACCUUGCUCAUCGGCGUCGUGAACCUAUACGGACCCGGACUUCAGAGGGUAUUCGGCACCACGCCUAUUCCCGGGAUGUUCUGGGGCAUCCCAUUCGCGUUCGCCGCCGGAAUCCUCACGAUGGAUGAAAUCAGGAAGCUCAUCGUAAGGACGUACCCGAACUCCAUUAUUGCUAAGAUGGCAUGGUGAUUGCAGGACCACACCUGCCCGUGGUUCGUAGCUGUUGUUGUGUAUAUAUGCUUGUGUAGUUCUACUUUACUUGACAUGAUGGCCUCCCAUCUCGAAUGCUCAGAAAGGACGUAUCGCCGCC